UGGAUGAUGUGUUUGAUCAUCUCUUAGAAUACACCAGUGAGGAUCUGUGUGAGCAGUCAUGGACGGGAGUUUGUUUGUACUGCUGCUGUCAGGUUGGAGUGGUAAUUUAUAAUUUGUAUUUAUGAUGAUGUGUUCACAUAGAUGGUUUAACAUGUUGAAUUGAACAGGAUUCUUCUGGAGCAGUUCUGCUCUUUCUCGUCCGUACCACUAUAUAAAUACAGCGAUGUCGUGGCCAGAGGCUCAGAGUUACUGCAGAGAGAGAUUCACUGAUCUGGCUACUGUAGACAGCAUGGAUGAUGUGAACAGGCUGCUGAAUGUAGUGGAUGCUGGAUACAGUGGAUCAGUGUGGAUUGGACUGAAGAGGGGGACACACAAACAAUGGAGUUGGUCUAAUGGAGAAAACACAACUUCUCAGUACUAUAACUGGGCUUCAGGACAGCCAAAUGCGGAUGGAGAUUGUGUAGCUAUUUUGUCUGGAGUUUGGCAUGAUAUUGAAUGUAGCUAUAAGCGAUAUUUUGUGUGCUAUAAAAAUGAUGGAUAUAUUUUAGUACAAAGUGCUAAAAUCUGGACAGAUGCUCGGAGCUACUGCAGACAGUAUCACACAGACCUGGCCACCAUCCACAGCUCAGAGGAAAAUGACCAGGUAAUCAUGAAAGUUUUAUCUGGAUGGUACAUCUGGUUUGGUCUGUAUCUGGACUCUUGGGAAUGGUCUGAUCAGUGGGAUCUGAGGUUCAGAAACUGGGCAGCAGAUCAACCAUUGAUGACAGGAUCUAGUAACUGUGCUGGUAUGUCAAGAAGCAACUCUGGCAGAUGGUCUCAAUACAGCUGUGAUGUAAAGAAGCCUUUUAUCUGCUAUGGAGAUGACAAGAGAAAACAAAUUGUGAGAUUGAAAGUGACCUGUAAGGGAAAAUGCGCAUUGAAUGAUCCUUCACUACAGACGGCCAUUCUGAAUGAGAUAAGUGAAAAGCUGAAGAACAUGAGGUUGGAAAGUGACAGCAAAAUAAGCUGGAGAAAGGGGGAAGAUGGAGAGGUGUUUCAUCAGGAGAGCAACCAUAUGGUGAAUUUAGAUAAUAAAUGUAAUAGGCAUCUGUAAUGUAUUUUUUAAAACUUAAACACACACAAAGUAAUGUUACUAUAUUGUUUUGAUGAACUGGAAAAUAGUAGUAGUAGUGCAAUACAAUAUUAACAAAAUUGAUGAAUGUAGCCUAACAUUAGCUAGAAAUACUCACAUUCUUACAAGACUAUAGGCUUCUUUUCUUUCAACAAAUUUAAUUAAAUUAAUUUCCUACAAUUCCAUUAAUUAAAUUUUCCUUUUAAUAAUGUAGUUUAAAUUCACUGUGAUUUUUUAACAGUACUCAGGUUCUAGUAUAUGCAGAGAAGAUUUUGAGAUAUACUGUAUGUAUA